AUGUCGUCCGCCCUCCUCGCCGCUCGCGUCGUCCCCCCGCGCGCGCUCCGCAUCGCGCGCGUCGCCUCGCGGCCGACGCGCGCCCGCCGCGUCGCGACCCACCCGGUCGUCGCGGGACUCAAGGACCUGGACAAGGACCUCGCGAAGGUGAGCCCGUCGCGGACGCGCGACGCGCUCGCGGGGGACGACCGCGAGCUCCGGCGGCAGGCGAUCGUCGGCGUCGGCGGGUGCGUCUCGUGCGCGAUCAUGGGGUACAGCCUGUACACGCUCCGGCACACCGGGUGCGGGCUCCCGCCGGGCCCGGGCGGGCUCGUCGGCGCCGCGGAGGGUCUCAGCUAUCUCUACGUCUGCGCCCUGGUCGCGUACAGCGCGGUGAAGAAGGUCCGGACCGGCUCGGGACUUCCCGAGGGUCCGGGGGGCGUCCUCGGGCUCGCGGAGGGGCUCGCGUACUUGCUCGCGCUGGGGGGUGUAUACUGCCUCCUCGGGCAGGUGGAGGAUUUCGGGUUCAUCCCGAACGCGGUCCCGGUCGAGGGAGGACCGUGCUUCUCCUCGUGA